CGCACAGGGAGAUGUUUGAAGUUGUUCGCCAUGGCUGCUCAUCUGUUAGCUCUGGUGGAGGAAUUCGUGUCUGGACAAGACGACAGUUCGGCUGCAAAUAUCGCGACAGGUGUCAAGGCUGAACAGUUCUCCAUACUUCAGCUGGUUGAGGCGCUUGGGUUAAGUUUAACAAGCUCUCAGACUCAGACCCGUGGCCGAGGGGUGCAGCUCCUCUCUCAGGUCCUGCAGGAAUGCUACGGUGGCCUUUCAGAGAGCGAACUCAAGGUUCUGGUAACGUUCUACGAGAACAGGCUAAAAGAUCACUAUGCAAUCACGCCACAUGUUCUCCAUGGACUCUCAGCUCUGGCGAAGUGCACAGUGCUGCCUCCUGGUUCAGCAGUGUCGAUACUUAAAGCCCUCUUCCAGGAUGUGCAUGUCCAGUCCCUGAUGUUGACGGAGCGGUCCUACGCCUACAAGAUACUCAUCAGCCUGAUGGACUCGAGAGAAGACGAGCUGAAGGGUCUGGGUCCGGACUUUGUGUUUGGAUUUGUGCAGGCUGUAGACGGAGAACGAGAUCCUCGCAACCUCCUGCUGGCCUUUCAGAUAGCCAGAAACAUCAUCCACAGAGGUUAUGACUUCAACCAGUUUACAGAGGAGCUCUUUGAAGUCACGUCCUGCUACUUCCCUAUAGACUUCACGCCUCCGCCUAACGACCCUCACGGCAUCACGCAGGAGGACCUCAUCCUGGCUCUACGGGCCGUUCUAACGGGCACGCCACGAUUCGCAGAGUUCCUGGUGCCAUUACUUAUCGAGAAGAUUGAUUCGGACGUCCAAAACGCCAAGGUGGACUCGCUGCUCACGCUGGCUGAUUGUGCUCCUGUAUACGGACACACGGAGCUGGCCGAGUUCCUCCCAGGCCUCUGGUCCUCUAUACGCAGAGAGGUGUUCCAGACGGCGAGCGAGAGAGUCGAGUCGGCGGGUCUGUCCGCUCUUAGCGCCAUCACGUCCUGCCUGUCCCGCACUGUCCUCAAGUCUGAUUCUGGAGACGCUCUGCAGUCGUUCCUGGAGCUCGUCAUCAAAGACUGUCAGCACCAUCUGUGUGAGCCGGAUCUAAAGCUGGUGUGGCCCAGUGCUAAGCUGCUGCAGGCUGCGAGUGGCGCCUCCUACAGGGCGAGCCUCAUCGUAACGUCGGUGGUGCUCCCUGCACUGCUCGAGCAGUACAACUCCAGAACUCAGUGUGCUCAUCGGCGCACUCUGUUGGAGGUGUUGCAAGGUUUCAUUCAGCCCACGGUGAGGAGCCAGCCUGCGGAACUAGAGGACAGCGUGCUGCUCCCUUUCCAAAAGUCUCUAAGCAGCGUGGUAUUUUCUGCUCUGUCUGAAUCGAACGCGUCUCUCCAAGUCACAGCUACGAAAGUUCUUGCCACUCUGGGACAGCAGUCAGGCCUGUUAACGGAGACGGAUGUUGAACUAGCAGUGGAUCACCUGACGAGGCUCGUCGUGGAAGAAGACGACGCACAGCUCAGCUCGGCGGUAACAGACUGCGCGGGAUCUCUGGCUCGUCUCUACCCGGCCGUCUUCGCUUCCCGAAUGGUCCCGAGACUGAAGGAUGUAAUAUUUACAGAACGCGUGUCCGAGGGCGACGCCUCGAGUCGGAGCAAAGCAGCAGCCCGAGAGCGCAGCGUGACAGCCCUUGCCUUCAUCUCCUCUCAGCUCAGUCUGGUGCAGGAGAGCGCGCCCGUACUGCUUCAGGUCUUAGCCACCGCACACAAAGGCAGCAGCAGUUUCUCAUUAGACGACGUGAUUUCGGUGUGCCAGAGCAUGCGGAUGAUUGCCGGGCACGCCCAAGACGCGGCGGAAAUCGGUGACUUUUUUCACGACAUUGUCAUUCCACGACUACUCGGCCUGUCUCUGCAUGCAGCGCUCCAUAGUCAGACGAGUUCUGGAUCGAGCACUAGUCCUCUCACAGAUGAGGCGGUGCUGUCUGCUAUAGUUCCUGUCAUAAGCACUGCUUGUGCAGCACUACAGCCAGUACCUGCUGGUCAAAUGGCCGCCCAGGCUGUGUCCCUAUUCUUGGAUGGAGACGUGUCCUUCCUGCCAGAAAACGCCUACCCUUCCCAGAUUGAGCUGCUUAAGAGCGGGUCAGAGUGUUGCUCGCAGUCACAGCUGGUGUGUUUGCUCAUGGCCUCUGUGUGUUCCCUUUCACAACAAGUGGACAUUCCUCAUAUCGACCGACUUCUAGCCGAGUUGGAGGAGCUGAUCUUCUCAUGCACCCACACCUUUUCCUACACAUCUGCAGCCAAGUGUUUCGCCGGCCUGAUCAACAAGAGAGCAGCAGGCCAAGCCCUCGACGCGGUUCUGGAGAAGACCUUAAAAAGAAUAAGUGCGACGUUGGACUGCAAAUCCUCAGCACAGCGAGUGCAAGCCUUCACUUUACUCAUCUGGGUGGUCAAGGCUCUGCUCCUGCGCUACCAUCCUCUGUCUAUGAACCUAACUGACAAGCUCUUCUGCCUUCUCAGCGAUGAUCAGUUAGGUUCACAGGCAGCAGACAGUUUCUCGCUACUUAUGAGCGACUCUCCAGAUGUGCUGAACCGCAGCUGCCAUGCAAAUGUGCGCAUUAUGUACCGCCAGCGCUUCUUUACAGAGAACUCUGCUAAACUCGUACAGGGCUUCAACUGCGCCGAGCGAGAGAAGAGAUCUGUGUUUCUGAAGGCCUUGUCACACAUUGUGAAUAAUCUGCCCAGACAAGUGCAACUCACCGAACUUCCUGCUUUGCUGCCGCUGCUUUUAGAGGCGCUCUCGUGUCCUGAUGAGGCGGUGCAGCUGUCCACUCUGUCCUGCCUUCAGCCGCUGCUCAUGGAACCUCCACCCGCUCUCACCACACAGCUGGAGGCCCUUUUCACCCGCCUGCUCGCUCUGACCGCCAGCCCUGACAUGAAAGUGAGGAUUACCGCCCUGCGCUGUGUCCACGCCCUCUCCCGCCUGCCUAGUCACAUGGUGUUGCCUUUCCGCGCCAGGGUGCUGCGUGCUCUCGCUAAGCCACUAGAUGACAAAAAGAGACUGGUGAGGAAGGAGGCGGUGGCAGGCCGGAACGAAUGGUUUUUAUUGGGAGGUCCAGGAGGAAGGUGAAUUACAGAGAGAGAGAGAGAGAGAGCUGCCGUCCAUCAGAAGUCACCCGUCUCUUCCUCAUCUUUUUUUUUUUUUCGUAUAGCAUCGCUCUAAUCCUUUAGGACUAGAUGAAGACGAAUGUACUAAAGUAAUGCACUGAGCUCACAUCUGUCACUUCUUCUUUCUGAGCCUGAGCAGGCAAUGCAGGAAUUCUGGGAAAACUUUUGGUGCUUAAAGAUAAACCUUGUUUACAGAAUGUUUUUACUCUUCUUCACCACUUGUGUGAAUCACAUAGACCGCUUUCUUGCACAAGACCUGCCCCAUCCCAGUCUUGCCAUGAAUCAGAGAGGUGCAAACAGUUUUUUUUUUUAACAAUAGAAAUGGAAAGCAAAUGUUUUAGCUUGCUAAAAGUGCUAGGCAUGUUUUUUUUUUUGUUUGUUUUUUACUUCGUCAAACAAAAACUGACAUUUCUAUAUACACGUACAGACCACACCUACCAGUCUUGCUUUCUAGGAUCAAUUUGGUUCAUGAAGAUUUUUGUUAACGCUGAUGAUGAUGAUGAUUCGGUUGUUUGCUUUCGCUGCAUCUUUGGAGGCAACAAAUAAGAGAAAGGAGCUGCUUGUGAAGGACGUCUGUAUGCAGCUACCGUUAAAGCAGAAUUACAUGGUUUUACUGGAGCACUUCCCAAAAACAGACAAAUUAUAUAGACAAUACAGACAAAUGUUAUAAAGUUAUUGUACUUAUACUGCUUAAUAUUCGGAUCAUUUAAUUUCAAUUCAUUUUAACAGAUCAAUAAAAAAAAGCAGAUUUCAUUUCGGUUCUCAGGUUUUGGAGCAAAAACCAUGAAACCAGAACUGUGCGAUUUAACCUAUAUUUUGUUUAUUAAAUAGAUGUGUAAAUUUUCGAUUAAGAAUUAAGUCACACUUUUUGACCCAUUUUAUCUAAGUGU